AAGACCUACGACAAACGUCAAGGAUACUUCGUGCCAAUAUGAAACUCUGAAAAAUUGCUCUUUUCGCAUGGCCUUUAUGCCUAUGACCGAUAGCAACAUCGAAAAUGCACGUACUAUGUGGCACGUGUUGCUUACUGCCUACAACGCCAACUUUUCAUGCGUAGCAGGAGGAAAAUGGUUAUUGUGUCACUCGGGCGACUUUCCUUAAUCAGAAUCGUAGGACUCGUAUGUUGCCCCACCAUAGAUUACAUUUCAUACUGUGUUUAAUUCGUUGUUUAUUGUGUUCCUACUGUGCUGUGUCUGUUCAACUGAAAAAUGGCAAAAUAUGACGAAAAAAUGAGAAUCCCAGAUUUACCAUUCGACGUACACAGGGAACUAAUUGAUGAACUGAGCAGGGAUUUAGGGUGGAUCGUUCUUGCACGAUACAUUGCUGACGAGUAUGAUAUAUUUAGCCUGUCAUGGAUGAAUGAUUUUGAACGAGAACAAAACCCUUUAGACAGUAGAAGGCAAAUUCAAAAAUUAUUUGAUGAACUCGACAAAAGAUUAUGUAAUGUAGGCAAUCUUUGUAUUCUACUGGAAAAUUGUGAACUUUUGAAUGCGUUGUCGGUUCUGUGUUAUCCAGAACCUUUGACGAUUGUCAAACAACCGAAGUCCGAGUUGGGAAAAGAUAAUGCAAUGAUAGCACCUCACAAAGGCAUCACUUUAAGUUGUAAGGCUACAAGUUUGCCACCACCUCAAUAUUUAUGGUACCACAAUAACGUGGAGUUGGAGAAUGAAACAAAUGGCGAUCUUAAUAUUGUUGUUACAAGCACCACUCAAGAGGGUGAAUACAAAUGCCAAGUCAUGCAAAGGGAUCGCGAUGGUUAUCUCAUGAGACAAUUAUUUUCUGACACGUUUUACCUUAAAAUAAAACCAUUGCCGGUAGUAAUUAUCGAACAACCUAGAGAAUAUAUAGAGGUGAAGGAAGGGGGCACGUUAAUAUUAACGUGUAAAGCCAUUGGUCACCCUGAGCCGCGUUAUCAGUGGUUCAGAGACAAUAUUUUAUUGAAUGGUCAAGAUUCUAUUGAAUUACGCAUAAAUGAUUUUAGCGUUCAAGAUGAGGAUGUAUAUCGUUGUUACAUUGUGAACGAAAUUAGUUCUUUGUAUAGCAAUAGUACCACGGUCAAGAUGGAACAAACGCGAUGCAAAGCAGUCGCGAAAGUUGCCCUGCUAAUUGCGAAUAGCGAUUAUACAAACUUCGACCCGGUGAAAAAGGCUAAGAAUGAUGCUGCCCUAAUAGCUCGUCUCCUGGAGGAUAUUGGAUUCAACGUAAUUUGCCUUUCAAAUCUCACCGUCAACCAAAUGAGAAAUGCCAUUAAUAUAUUUUGCAAACUUCUAUCAGAGGGCGUUUACGGAUUAUUUUAUUUUGCUGGUCAUGGUUUUAACAUGCAAGACAAUUACAUGCUUGCUGUCGACUCGCCGAAAAAAUAUCUUCGCACUGACGCCAUUUGUGAUAGUCAAUUACUAGCUAUGGCCCACCUCGAAACUGAUCCUACUCUACUAGUUGUGAUCUUGGACAUGUGCCUGAUUGUUCCUUCGAGGGACGAUAAUCCAGAAAUACAUAAGGAAAUACCAAUUAUAUAUGAAUACAAAAGUAAAAAAAAUCGGAGGAAUUUAAUUCGUGCCUACUCGACAUCCAGGCAUUGUCCAAGUUAUGAAAGGAAGGCCAAUGAUUUUGGAUUAUAUGUGACGCAUCUUAGUAAAUAUAUUAAAUCCACCGUGCCCGUUACCAAAAUGUUCAAGCAAGUGCAAAUAUCUCUAGAAAAAACACUGAAGGGUAGAGAACGUGAUCAAAUACCACAAUUAACAUCCAUCGUUGUCAAACCUUAUCGACUUACGGACAUGAUAAAUGAAGGUUAUUCCUCCACAGCCAUUAAGAGUUUAUCAACGCUGAUAACUUUUCCUACAAGAACAAUUCUGCAAACUUUUACACGACUGGGUGUAGAGUGCAAAAUUACUGUGGGCUCUUUCGAACUGCCCUACUUAAACAUUGUACGAAUUGCUGUCGCUCAUGUAAACAAUUAUGAGGUCAGUUUCCGUAACCGCUUUCCCACGGAUCCAAACAACUUGUAUUCGUUUCCUGGGAAAAAUGAAUGUAUACUGUACAACCCCCAAACGAGCAAGGGACGUGUAAUUAUAUCGAUUUGUAGAAAUGGGAAUGAAUUGGAAACUAUAGAGUUUAAUAUGAAUGAUUAUAUUCCCUGUUUAUUACAUGAACUUGAACAAGCGUGUGGAGUUUGAACGAAGUAAUUAUUUAUAAAACUUCUCUUUGUAUGUAUAGAAGACUGAAAAGGGCAGAUGCAGAUGGCUUGACUAAUCUUCAUUUAAAGAUUUCUUUUUAGUUUUUUUUUUUACUUAAAUCCUUUAAGAUAUUUCUUUAUCAUUACUUUAAGUUCUAUUUUACAUGAAUUGUACAGAAUUAUAUGUAUCUAUGGUUAUAUAUACACUUACAGAGCUGUUAAUGCGA